GGUUGCCAACGAGUCCCAUCCCGAGUGGAUGGAAACCGGCGACAUGGCGGCGUCCGGCCCAGCGCUGUGCCUCUUCGACGUGGACGGGACACUGACGGCCCCGCGACAGAAAAUUACCAAAGAAAUGGAUGGCUUUCUACAAAACUUGAGGCAGAAGAUCAAAAUUGGUGUGGUAGGCGGGUCAGACUUUGAGAAAGUGCAGGAGCAGCUGGGAAAGGAUGUGGUUGAAAAAUACGAUUAUGUGUUUCCCGAAAACGGCCUGGUUGCAUACAAAGAUGGGAAACUCUUGUGUAAACAGAGUAUUCAAGGUCACCUGGGCGAGGCCCUAAUCCAAGAUCUAAUCAACUACUGUCUGAGCUACAUCGCAAGAAUUAAACUCCCGAAGAAAAGGGGUACUUUCAUUGAGUUCCGAAACGGGAUGUUGAACGUGUCCCCAAUUGGGAGAAGCUGCAGUCAAGAAGAACGCAUUGAGUUUCACGAACUUGAUAAAAAAGAAAACAUCAGACAGAAGUUCGUAUCAGACCUGCAGAAAGAGUUUGCAGGCAAAGGCGUCACGUUCUCCAUAGGAGGCCAGAUCAGCAUCGACGUCUUUCCUGAUGGCUGGGACAAGCGGUACUGCCUGAGACAUGUGGAAAAUGACGGCUAUAAGACCAUCUAUUUCUUCGGGGACAAAACCAUGCCCGGCGGGAAUGACCACGAGAUCUUCACCGACCCGAGGACCGUGGGCCACACGGUGACGACCCCCGAGGACACCCGCAGGAUCUGUGAAGAGCUGUUCCCCUAACAGCCCCUUCCCUGAGGGAGGGCAGGGCAUCCCGCUGACAGGCUGGAAGGGUCACCGUGGCCACACUCGGGAUCCCUCCCUCCCUCACAUGCCCGCGAACCCCAGCCGGUGCCAGGUUCCCCACACGUCCUGGGGCCUUGACGACGUGGCCUCCACCCCCAGUACCAGGAGCAGCCAGACUUGUCAAGAAUGGCCGGAAGGAAUGCCUCCAACCCAAUUUUAUUCCCCACCCCCGAGUCUCAGACCCUCCACAUGUGCAAUCACGGUACACACGGUUUUGGGGGAAUCUUCCCCAUCAUUCUAGAAUGAUACAGAAUGAAUGUAUCCAGAUCCUCCCUCCUCAUGGGUCUUGUGAACAAUGUAACUGGCAAUGUUUGGACCCCCUGUGUCAGUACGCACGGGGGCAUCUGGUGAUGAGAAAGGACAAGAUGUUUACAGCCAUCCCUCCCCAAACAGAAGUCUGGUAACACCUCCUGAGGGGAAGCUCUUGCCCGCUGUCAGCCGGGGAGGACUCUGAAAGCAAAGGCCCUGUGGCCAUCAGGCAGGACUGAGUUCAGCAGCACAUGGGAUGCAAACCGUAGCAUGGCCCACAGACAGGUGGCCACCACGUGACCACUGACCCCAACAAGGUUGCCUCUCAGCUGGCCUGCAGUUCUGGGGGCGAGCUCUGAAUUCACUACACCUAGGACAGACUGCUGGGGCUCCGCCCCUCGGGAUGGGAGCAAGUGGGCCGCAGCAGCCCUGCCCCCAGAUGCUAGAGCCUCCCUCCCCUCUGCUUUCUCAGGGAUCACAUGAGAGGCUGGAUCGUUAACAGAAGAGGAGCUGCACGGCUGCACGCAGAUCUUCAUGUGGACCAGCCUGCCUGUCCCGGCCUCACCCAGACCUGGACCUAAGGGGUGGGAGCCGUCCGACGGUUGGGCCUGUGACCCUCACUCCGUGCUUUGAGUUCAGCGAGGUCCUCAUGCUGCUGGAAGGCAGCCCAUGAAGAGCGCUUUCCAAGCAAACGGUUCACAGGUCACUUUUCAGAAUCUGGACUUGUCAGGACCCGCAGACCCACAGUCCGCUCCAAUCCACAGCACGGCCUCUGCUCAGGCCUGGCCGAUCUGAACAGGGGUCUGCACCCCCGCUGCCCCACCCCCACCCCACCAGGUGCUUUCAUCUCCACAAGCCUCCCAGGCCCCACCAGGCUUAUCCUGGCUGGGGGUCCAGUUGGGAGCCGUCUG